AAACCUGAGUAGAUCUAGCAGAUCACAGGGAAGUCAGUGGUGCUGUCAACAUCCUUGCACUAUGGCUGAGGAGAUGGAAAGCCAAGAUACCAGCACGAGCCGAAGAACAGCAGCGAAGAGGAAGUUUCUGUGGCGGGUCAGACAGAAAUGGAAACUGUUGGGUUUGUUCGAGAUUGAUCGCGAUCAUGAAUUUUACGAAUUUACCUGCAUGCUGAAGGAAGGACUGACAUCUGCUGUUCAAGUCUCCAUCGACAAUCCACAUAUGGUGUGCUCCUCUUUUCCUGCAGGUGUUCACAGUAUCAAGAUUGCCCAUAGGCAGAAGAAGUACUUCAUCAUAAUGCAGAGUGUCUUUUACCCUGAUGAGAGAAUUGUUGCCAGGUAUGACAUCAAGGGCUGUCAGGUGAGUCGAUGGACAGAGCCUGCUCCUGAGGGGAGCAAUGUCAUCGUGGUGCUCAAAGACUUGAAUUUCGAGGGAAGCACCAUCAGCUUGGAUCAGCAGCGGUCCUGGCUCAUUCGGCAGAUGACCGUUGAUACAGAGUAUUUGAAAAGCCUCAACGUCCUGGACUACAGCCUCCUGGUGGCCCAUCAGCCCCUGCACCUCGAUGAGCGCCGCCAAAGCUGGUCCUUUGCAAAUAUCAUUCUCCGUACAAAGAAAUCGAUGACAGGUAGUGCCAGCCCCUCAGCCUUGGUGGGUAGUCCAGCACCGGGCCUGCUGGAGGAGGAUGCAACAGUGCUCGUGGCGGAAAUGGUGAGUGGGACGAACGAGACCCACAUCAAGGAGAUCCCUGAGGUCACUGUGACCGCGAGGGACAGUAGCAGCGGCUCGGAGCUUGACCUGGCAGACCCGACUGCUCAGAACCGCAGGCUGCUACCCAACUUCCGGAACUCUCUGCACGUCAUCGAUGGGGCCCAGUCCCGCUACUUUGUGGGCAUCAUCGACAUCUUCACUGUCUACGGCUUCCGCAAGAAGCUGGAACACCUUUGGAAAUCCAUCCGUUACCGGGGCCAGUCCUUCUCAACCGUCAGCCCCGACAAAUAUGCAAAGCGACUGUGCCAGUGGGUAGAUGACCACACAGUGUAG